CCCACGGGCAGCGUGAGGACAGCCCAGGCCCCAGAGGCAGGAUGAGAAGAUGGCAAACUUGCUGUUACCUCGGGGCCCCGGCAGCUUCCGCAGGUUCACCCGGGAGUCCCUGGCGGCCAUCGAGAAGCGCAUGGCGGAGAAGCAGGCCCGAGGCUCGGCCACCCUGCAGGAGAGCCGUGAGGGGCUGCCCCAGGAGGAGGCUGUGCCCCGGCCCCAGCUGGACCUGCAGGCCUCCAAGAAGCUACCUGACCUGUAUGGCAACCCACCCCGAGAGCUCAUUGGGGAACCCCUGGAGGACCUGGACCCAUUCUACAGCACCCAGAAGACCUUCAUCGUGCUCAACAAGGGCAAGACCAUCUUCCGCUUCAGCGCCACCAAUGCCCUGUACAUCCUUAGCCCCUUCCACCCCAUCCGCCGAGCAGCCGUGAAGGUCCUGGUUCACACCCUCUUCAGCCUGCUCAUCAUGUGUACCAUCCUGACCAACUGCGUGUUCAUGGCCCAGCACGACCCCCCGCCCUGGACCAAGUAUGUCGAGUACACCUUCACAGCCAUUUACACCUUUGAGUCCCUGGUCAAGAUCCUGGCCCGAGGCUUCUGCCUGCACGCGUUUACCUUCCUACGAGACCCAUGGAACUGGCUGGACUUCAGCGUGAUUGUCAUGGCAUACACAACUGAAUUUGUGGACCUGGGCAAUGUCUCGGCCCUACGCACCUUCCGAGUCCUGCGGGCCCUGAAAACUAUAUCAGUCAUUUCAGGCCUGAAGACCAUCGUGGGGGCGCUGAUCCAAUCAGUGAAGAAACUGGCCGACGUGAUGGUCCUGACCGUCUUCUGCCUCAGCGUCUUCGCACUCAUUGGCCUGCAGCUGUUCAUGGGCAACCUGAGGCACAAGUGCGUGCGCAACUUCACUGAGCUCAAUGGCACCAAUGGCUCCAUACAGGCCAAUGACGCCGAUGGCCUGGUCUGGGACUCACUGGACCUCUACCUCAACGACCCAGAUAACUACCUGCUGAAGAAUGGCACCUCCGAUGUGUUGCUAUGUGGGAAUAGCUCCGACGCUGGGACGUGCCCCGAGGGCUACCGGUGCCUCAAGGCAGGUGAGAACCCUGACCACGGCUACACUAGCUUCGAUUCCUUCGCCUGGGCCUUCCUUGCUCUGUUCCGCCUCAUGACGCAGGACUGCUGGGAGCGCCUCUACCAGCAGACCCUGAGGUCUGCUGGGAAGAUCUACAUGAUCUUCUUCAUGCUUGUCAUCUUCCUGGGCUCCUUCUACCUGGUGAACCUGAUCCUGGCUGUGGUCGCCAUGGCUUAUGAGGAGCAAAACCAAGCCACCAUCGCCGAGACUGAGGAGAAGGAAAAGCGCUUCCAAGAGGCCAUGGAGAUGCUGAAGAAAGAACAUGAGGCCCUCACCAUCCGGGGUGUGGAUACCGUGUCCCGUAGCUCCCUGGAGAUGUCCCCGUUGGCCCUGGUGGCCAACCACGAGAAAAGAAGCAAGAGAAAAAAGCGGCUGUCCUCGGGAACAGAGGAGUGUCCCAAAUCGGACUCAGAUGAUGGCCCCAUAGUCCUGAAUCAUCUUGGCCUCACCCGUGGCCCCAGCAGGAUGUCCGUGCGGCCACGCUCCAGCCGCGGGAGCAUUUUCACCUUUCGUCGGCGAGACCUGGGCUCCGAGACCGAUUUUGCAGAUGAUGAAAACAGCACAGCAGGGGACAGCGAGAGCCACCGCACAUCCUUGCUGGUACCCUGGCCCCUGCGCCGGCCUAGCACCCAGGGACAGCCCAGUGCUGGCCACGCCCUCAAUGGCAAAAGGAACAGCACUGUGGACUGCAAUGGGGUGGUCUCCCUGCUGGGAGCUGGAGACCCUGAGGCCACAUCCCCAGGGAGCCGCCUCCUCCGCCUUGGGGUGCUGGAGCGCCCCCCGGACACGACUACGCCAUCAGAGGAGCCAGCUGGGCCUCAAAUAGUGACUCCCCAGGCUCCAGGUGUGGAUGGCUGUGAAGAGCCAGGAGCACGACAACGAGCUCUCAGCGCCGUCAGUGUCCUCACCAGCGCACUGGAAGAGUUGGAAGAGUCUCACCGCAAGUGCCCCCCAUGCUGGAACCACUUCGCCCAGCGUUACCUGAUCUGGGAGUGCUGUCCCCUGUGGAUGUCCAUCAAGCAGAAGGUGAAGUUCGUGGUCAUGGACCCCUUUGCUGACCUCACCAUCACCAUGUGCAUCGUGCUCAAUACGCUGUUCAUGGCACUGGAGCACUACAACAUGACUGCUGAAUUUGAGGAGAUGCUACAGGUCGGAAAUCUGGUCUUCACUGGCAUCUUCACGGCGGAAAUGACCUUCAAGAUCAUUGCCCUUGACCCCUACUACUACUUCCAGCAGGGCUGGAACAUCUUUGACAGCAUUAUCGUCAUCCUGAGCCUCAUGGAGUUGGGCCUGUCCCGCAUGGGCAACCUGUCGGUGCUGCGCUCCUUCCGCCUGCUACGGGUCUUCAAGCUGGCCAAAUCGUGGCCCACCUUGAACACGCUCAUCAAGAUCAUUGGGAACUCGGUGGGAGCGCUGGGGAACUUGACGCUGGUGCUGGCCAUCAUCGUGUUCAUCUUUGCCGUGGUGGGCAUGCAGCUCUUCGGGAAGAACUACUCAGAGCUGAGGCAUCGCAUCAGUGACUCAGGCUUGCUGCCUCGCUGGCACAUGAUGGAUUUCUUCCAUGCCUUCCUCAUCAUCUUCCGCAUCCUCUGUGGCGAGUGGAUUGAGACCAUGUGGGACUGCAUGGAAGUGUCUGGGCAGUCUCUGUGCCUGCUGGUCUUCCUGCUUGUUAUGGUCAUUGGCAACCUUGUGGUCCUGAACCUCUUCCUGGCCUUGCUGCUCAGUUCCUUCAGCGCAGACAACCUCACGGCCCCGGAUGAGGACGGCGAGAUGAACAACCUGCAGCUGGCCCUGGCCCGCAUCCAGCGGGGCCUGCGCUUCCUCAAACGGACCACCCGGGACUGCUGCUGCAGGCUCCUGCGGCGGCCACCCAAGCCCACAGCCCCUGCCAUCCGUGGUCCAAUGCCCAGCUGCGUGGCCUCCUCUGGCUCCCCACCACCCCCAGAGGCGGAGAAACCACCCCCAGCGCGCAAGGAAACACGGUUCGAGGAAGGCAGACGGCCGGGUGAGGGUGUCCCCGGGGACCUAGAGCCCGUGUGUGUCCCCAUUGCUGUGGCUGAAUCGGACACAGAUGACCCAGAGGAAGAUGAGGAGAAUAGCCUGAGCGCUGAGGAGGAGACCAGCAGGCAGGAAUCCCAGCCUUUGUCUGGUGACCCAGAGGGCGCCCCGGAGCCCCGGGUCUGGAGCCAGGUGUCCGAGAUGGCCUCCUCCGAGGCCGAGGCCAGUGCAUCUCAGGCCAGCUGGCUGCAGCAGCGGCAAGCAGAGCCCCAGGCCCCAGGGCACCACGAGGUCCAUGAGGACAGCUACUCAGAGGGCAGCACGGCUGAUAUGACCAACACCGCUGAUCUGAUAGAACAGAUCCCUGACCUUGGCAAUGACGUGCAAGACCCGGAGGAUUGCUUCACCGAAGGCUGUGUCCGGCGCUGUCCCUGCUGCGCGGUGGACAUCACACAGGGCCCAGGAAAGGUGUGGUGGCGGCUGCGCAAGACCUGCUACCGCAUCGUGGAGCACAGCUGGUUCGAGACCUUCAUCAUCUUCAUGAUCCUGCUCAGCAGUGGAGCACUGGCCUUCGAGGAUAUCUACCUGGAUGAGCGCAAGACCAUCAAGGCCUUGCUGGAGUACGCCGACAAAAUGUUCACCUAUGUCUUCGUGCUGGAGAUGCUGCUCAAGUGGGUGGCGUACGGCUUCAAGAAGUACUUCACCAACGCCUGGUGCUGGCUGGACUUCCUCAUCGUGGACGUCUCGCUCAUCAGCCUGGUGGCCAACACUCUUGGCUUUGCUGAGAUGGGUCCCAUCAAGUCACUGAGGACUCUGCGUGCACUACGGCCCCUGAGGGCCUUGUCCCGAUUUGAGGGCAUGAGGGUGGUGGUCAAUGCCCUGGUGGGAGCCAUCCCGUCCAUCAUGAACGUCCUGCUCGUCUGCCUCAUCUUCUGGCUCAUCUUCAGCAUCAUGGGCGUGAACCUCUUCGCGGGGAAAUUUGGGAGAUGCAUCAACCAGACAGAAGGAGACCUGCCACUCAACCACACAGUCGUGAACAACAAGAGCGAGUGUGAGUCCUUCAACGUGACCGGCGAGUUGUACUGGACAAAGGUGAAAGUCAAUUUUGACAACGUGGGAGCCGGGUACCUGGCCCUCCUGCAGGUGGCAACGUUCAAGGGCUGGAUGGACAUCAUGUAUGCAGCUGUAGACUCCAGGGGGUAUGAAGAGCAGCCCCAGUGGGAGUACAACCUCUACAUGUACAUCUACUUCGUGGUCUUCAUCAUCUUCGGGUCUUUCUUCACCUUGAACCUUUUCAUCGGUGUCAUCAUUGACAACUUCAACCAGCAGAAGAAGAAGUUAGGGGGCCAAGACAUCUUCAUGACGGAGGAGCAGAAGAAGUACUACAAUGCCAUGAAGAAGCUGGGCUCCAAGAAGCCUCAGAAGCCCAUCCCCCGGCCCCUGAACAAGUACCAGGGCUUCAUUUUCGACAUCGUGACCAAGCAGGCCUUCGACGUCACCAUCAUGUUUCUCAUCUGCCUGAACAUGGUCACCAUGAUGGUGGAGACAGACGACCAGAGCCCUGAGAAGGUCAACAUCUUAGCCAAGAUCAACCUGCUCUUCGUAGCCAUUUUCACGGGCGAGUGCAUCAUCAAGAUGGCUGCCCUGCGCCACUACUACUUCACCAAUAGCUGGAACAUCUUCGACUUCGUGGUGGUCAUCCUCUCCAUCGUGGGCACCGUGCUCUCGGACAUUAUCCAGAAGUACUUCUUCUCCCCAACACUGUUCCGGGUGAUCCGCCUGGCACGCAUCGGCCGCAUCCUCAGGCUGAUCCGCGGGGCCAAGGGCAUCCGCACCCUGCUCUUCGCCCUCAUGAUGUCCCUGCCUGCCCUCUUCAACAUCGGCCUGCUGCUCUUCCUCGUCAUGUUCAUCUACUCCAUCUUCGGCAUGGCCAACUUCGCCUAUGUCAAGUGGGAGGCCGGCAUCGACGACAUGUUCAACUUCCAGACCUUCGCCAACAGCAUGCUGUGCCUCUUCCAGAUCACCACGUCGGCCGGCUGGGAUGGCCUCCUCAGCCCCAUCCUCAACACGGGACCCCCUUACUGCGACCCCAACCUGCCCAACAGUAGCGGCUCCCGGGGCAACUGCGGGAGCCCGGCUGUGGGCAUCCUCUUUUUCACCACUUACAUCAUCAUCUCUUUCCUCAUCGUGGUCAACAUGUACAUCGCCAUCAUCCUGGAGAACUUCAGCGUGGCCACUGAGGAGAGCACGGAGCCCCUGAGCGAGGACGACUUCGACAUGUUCUAUGAGAUCUGGGAGAAGUUCGACCCUGAGGCCACACAGUUCAUCGAGUACUCGGCCCUGUCUGACUUCGCUGACGCCCUGUCGGAGCCACUGCGCAUUGCCAAGCCUAACCAGAUCAGCCUCAUCAACAUGGACCUGCCCAUGGUGAGCGGGGACCGAAUCCACUGCAUGGACAUCCUUUUUGCCUUCACCAAGAGGGUCCUGGGUGAGUCCGGGGAGAUGGACGCCCUGAAGAUUCAGAUGGAAGAGAAGUUCAUGGCGGCCAACCCGUCCAAGAUCUCCUACGAGCCCAUCACCACCACACUGCGGCGCAAGCAUGAGGAGGUGUCUGCCACCGUCAUCCAGCGGGCCUUCCGCAGGCACCUGCUGCAGCGCUCCGUGAGGCAUGCCUCCUUCCUCUUCCGGCAGCGGGCCAGCAGCGGGGGCCCCUCUGACGAAGAUGCCCCGGAACGCGAGGGCCUCAUCGCCUAUGUGCUAAACAGCAACUUCUCCCAGCACCUUGGCCCACCCUCCGGAGACUCCUCCGUCUCCUCCACAUCCUCGCCACCUUCCUACGACAGCGUCACAAGGGCCACCAGUGACAACCUCCAGGUGCGGGCAUCAGACUACAGCCGCAGUGAAGAUCUCGCCGACUUCCCCCCAUCCCCAGACAGGGACCGCGAGUCUGUUGUGUGAGCCUGGCCACCCCCAUCACCCCACACACUGCAGACUCCCAAGCUUUGGUUCCGGGGCUGAAGGGGGCAGCCCGCGGGCCUGGUGGCUCCCAGGAGCAGAGGCCAGUGGUGUGGGCAGCUGGACCUAUACAGUUGGGGGCAGGGGAGCCCCACCAGUGCCAGUGGCCUGACCUAGUUUGGGGGGCUCUGAGAGGCACGCUUUCUGCCAGCUGUUGAAGUGAGACAGAAAACUUAGACUGUACAUGUUGUGAAUGGGCUUUCAUAAAUUUAUUAUAUUUGAUAUUUUUUUACUGGAGCAGAGAACUAACUGUUUUUGUGUCCCCUCCCCCCUUGUGGGCACUAAUGCCUCCUGCUGCCUCCUCGCCCACGGAGCAGACACACUCUGUGUGCAGAGCAGAUGUGGGGUCUCGUGGGGCUGCCCAGGGAUGGCCCAGGGUUCACCUGCCAGGAGGGCUGAGCCCCCUCACUCACUCACGUGUCCGCACACUCCUCCCCACAGGAAGACCAGACACAGGCUGGCAGCCAGUGGCCACCUGCGCCCCCACUCGGCCAUGGGCCUGCCCUGGCCAGCACUCUCCCCAUGGUCCUACUCUGUGGGCUUUUUGAGCAGCCAUGUUGGGUCAGUUGGGGCCCCAGGCCUUAUCCCUUUACCAGAGUAUUAAUGGGCACGAGACGGCCCCCACUCACAGCCAGACACAUGCUGGUCCU